GGCAGAGUGUCUCCAGCUUCAUUAUGACUUGGAGCUGUGUCACCUCGGAGUGGGCACCGAUGCCAAUGCCCUGCGGUGCCAACGCAGAGACUGGCAGAGACGACUGAACACACAGAUACAAAACAUCGCCCUGGAGCUUGUGGUCAACAUUUUCAGAGGCGUUCAGGACUUUUUAAACCACGAACACAGAGUUUUUAACAGUGAGGAGUUUCUGAGGACCAGGGAGCCAGCAGACCAGAGCUUUUACAAGAAGGUUUUAGAAACGCAUAUCUUCCACUCAUUCCUGCGAGACCGGCUGAACAAGAAACGGGACACCUUCAGCCGCAUGGAGCAGAACACGCGUAACAAUGGACACAGGAAUCGUGCAAUGACGGAGACCCCUCGUCGUCCUCCCAUGUCUGAACUGUCCAGGACUGGCUACGGAAGCUACGCAAGCCCCAGCGACCGACUGAGCAAGAGGCUCGGAGCCAGCCUGCCCAACCUGGAGCAACCCGCCAAUGACGCUGUGACCGCCAUCAGCCUCAGCCGGCCAGCCUCCCUCAGGAAGAUGACCCCUGAUAUCGGACUGAAGCUUCCUCAGAAAGCGGUGAAGGUUUUCCGUCUCCCAGAGUUCCCCCCUCCUUUGGCCUAUCAUUAUGUGCAGAACUAUUAUUCGGACAUGGUGACUUCUCUGGGGAAGGCUAUUAACGCUACACCACCUGAUGAAUCUGCUCUUCUGGCCAGGUACCACUACCUGCGAGGUUUGGUGAACACUGUGUCCAACAAGCGUCUGGAUGCACUGGAGGACUUCCAGAGUCUCUAUAAGACGGACUCUGAAAUCUUCCCCUCUCAGAUGGUGAAGUCGUUGGUGGACUCCCUGCCAGAGAGUGAGCGGUUACAGGCUGACAAGCGGCCGGAGCUCAAGCGGCUCAUCAGCCGGGUCAAGAGGGACCAGGAGCGGGAACGCGCAAGCCACGGCAACGGCAAUGAGGAGGGUGCCAUAAAGCGCUUCAAGCUGCCGAAAAAAUACAUGCAGCUGGAGGAGUUUGUGAAAUGUGUGCAGGAGUCUGGGAUCGUAAAAGACCAAGGGACCAUACACAGACUCUUCGAUGCUCUAACUGUUG